CAAAUUUUGGUGUUUUCGACACAAUCUUGCAUAGAUUCUUGAUCUGUAGCCCUCACAGUUUUCUUACCGAAUCACAUCAGAUUGAAUAAAAGGGUUAAACUUAACGGCGUUGCUUGUUUCGCAACACAAGUUAUGGUCGUUAUAGUAAGAAAACUCGCUGCAGCUAGAAUAACUUCGUCAUCCGUCGCCGGAUUCGGGUACAACGCUACCAAAAAUUGAUGUCUGGAAGAAGAAUACGAACUUUAACAUACAAAGCAAUGGAGAUUUAUGAACAAACAGUGUUAGAUAUGGAUAAGAGUUAUAGAAGAGCAUUAGACUCUUUAGUUGCAUUGUUUGACACAGAUUGUCAACAAAUAAUCAUCUCUAAAUUAGAACAAGAACUAUCUAUUAAGCAUGAAGAUUUUGAAUGCAUUUACAAGCAGUACAGUGAAUAUCUAUCAAAAACGAACUCUAAGGAUUCACUGGACAAAUUACAAAAACUGUCUGCUUCGCAUACCCAGUGUAUUAGGGAUCUGACUAUAUUCAAAGACAAAGUAACUGAAGUAAAACAAAGCUAUGAUUUAAGGGUGUUCUCGCCAAGUAAGCCUUCUUCGAUGAGGUCAUCAAGUUCAGCUAAAGCUAGAGCGGCUUUAGCGCGUCUUCAGUAUGCUGAAAAAGAUGCUGAAUUAAGAAAACAGCAAUCUAGGCUAGAAGAAAGACAAGCUGUAAAUGCCGCUGCAUUAGAAAGGGAACAAAGAGAUUUGAAAACAGAAUUGGAGCUUUUGAGCGAACAGCGAAUUGUUGCAGAAAUACAAGCGGAAGAGAAUGAUGAUAACAUCUCAUGUUCUUCGCAUAUACCGAAUGAGCCACAAAGGCAAAUUGACACGUUCCUAAAAGACACAAUUACACACGUGGAAGAUCCAGUGGAAAAACCAGUACCGAUUCAUAAUGACUUGACAAGGCUCUUUUUGAGAAAAGAGCUUUUGAUAUCAAGAAUUACUUACUUCGAUGGCAAAACGGAGAAUUUUCAAGCGUGGAAAAACACAUUUGAAAGUGUUUGCAACGAAAUUGGCGUGUCUCCUGUCGAAGAGUUGGACUUAUUAGUAAAGUGGCUGGGAGCAGAAUCCAGGAAAUUCGCGACUAGCAUUCGGUCGGCAUACUCCCACGAUGCAGCCAUUGGGCUUCAGAGAGUCUGGGAACGUCUAAAUGAACAAUAUGGCGCUAUAGAAAAGGUGCACCAGUCAGUAUUGGGCAAAUUGGAUAAGUUUCCGCCAAUUUCUCCGAAAGAUCCAAGUAAACUGUAUGAAUUGUCAGAUGUUUUAAGUGAAAUUGAAGCUUUGAAAACAAACCCAAAGUAUUCACCUGCAUUAUCAUAUUUUGAUACGAGUGUUGGUGUUGCACCAAUUGUGAACAGAUUGCCUAGAAACAUACAAGAAAAGUGGAUUUCGACAGCAAGCCACUUUAAGACAGUGCAUGAUUUGAUGUAUCCACCAUUUUCUGAAUUUGUUGUAUUUGUUAGAAAGCAAGCCAGGAUUCGCAACGAUCCAAGUUUUGCAUCAAGUGCUAAUGACAGUAACCAUGCUGUGUUUGUGCGUGACACGAAAAGCGCUUCACAGAACGGUUAUCGAAAGCCGCGUAUAAGUACUAGCAAAACUGAGAUCCAACCACCCUGUUAUGACACAGCAAGUAAAAUUGAGUGCAGCCUGCACAAAACAACCUCACAUUCAUUGGAAAAUUGUAGAACCUUCAUCAGCAAAACCUUCGCUGAGAAACGACGACUGUUGAAAGACAACAAACUGUGCUUUAAAUGUUUUGGCGUUGAUCAUGUCUCGAAAGAUUGUAACAAGAACAUUGUUUGUGGAAAAUGCGACAAGGCACACAACACUGUCAUGCACAUUGAUACCAACAGAUUUCAUGGCGGGGAGAGAACCUUUGAAAAUACCACCAACGCUACGAACCAAGUUAACAGCAAGUGCACCCAAAUAUGUGGAAAGCAAGGAUUUAGUGGCAAGUCCUGUGCUAAGAUUGUUCUGGUAGAUACUUACGCGAAAGGCUGUGAAAGCAACAAGAUUCGAGCUUACGCAAUUAUUGACGACCAAUCAAAUCGUUCGCUUGUCAGCCCUCAGUUGUUAGAUUCUUUGAAGCUUGACAGUCAAAUGGUCGAGUACUCUGUCACAUCUUGCAAUGGUGUGAGAGUUACAUCUGGCAGAAUGGCAAGUGGACUUAUGAUUGAGAGCCUGAAUGGGGAUGUAGAUUUUGAAAUGUCAUCAGUGUUUGAAUGUGAUGCAAUUCCAAACAAUCGACAAGAAAUACCUACUCCUGAAGUUGCAGCACAUUAUGCACACUUGCAGGAUUUGAGAGAGGACAUUCCAGUGCUAGAUCGAAGUGCCGAGAUACAAAUUCUGAUAGGCAGAGAUCUCAUCGAGGCCCAUCAUGUACACGAACAAAAGAUAAGCUCAACAAGAAACAUGCCAUAUGCGCAAAAAUUGGCUUUAGGAUGGGUUAUUGUGGGGGAAACUUGUUUAGGUAACUUGAAUAGCGAAGAUCUCCCGAGCUUGAAUGUAAACAAGACGUUGAUUGUUAAUGAAGGGAGGAAUUCAAUCCUGUCACCAUGUACCAACAGUUUUAGAUUGGAAGAACAGUACAGGCCAUUUUCAGAGAGCUGUCCCGAUACCGAAAGCGACAUUUUCAAGCGUGAAAAACAGGAUGAAAGACCAGGGUUAUCUAGAGAAGAUAGGGAGUUUAACCAGUUGAUGGAAGAAAGUUUUGUCAAGGGUCCUUCCGGUAAUUGGACUGCUCCAUUGCCGUUUAAGUCGAAUCGUAAGAAGUUACCAAGUAACAAGGGUUUGGCUGUUAGACGGGCACAGUUGUUGGAUACAAGUUUAAAGAAAAAUCCAACGAAGAAACAGCAUUUCGUAGAUUUUAUGGAGAACAUCUUAGAAAAGGGUCAUGCUGAAGAAGCACCUCCGUUACUACCUGGCGAAGAGCACUUGUACCUUCCGAUAUUCGGCGUCUAUCACCCGAAGAAGGUCGACCAAAUUCGGGUGGUGUUUGACUCCUCAGCGAAAUACGAAGGUGUUUCUUUGAACGACUUGUUGCUAUCAGGACCCGAUCUAACAAAUAGCUUGCUCGGAGUAUUGCUACGAUUUAGAAAAGAAGCAAUUGCGGUUACUGCUGAUAUACAACAAAUGUUUUAUUGCUUUAAUGUACAUGAGAGCCAUAGAAACUUUCUUAGAUUCCUGUGGUACAAGGACAACGACACAACCAAAAAUCUCACAGAGUACCGAAUGAAAGUACACGUCUUCGGUAACAAGCCGUCACCGUCUGUAGCAAGCUACGGCCUUCGAAAGACAGCUGAAAUAAGUACUGAAGAAUUUGGUGAAGAGGUCACAAACUACAUACUGAACUCUAUGUUGAUGACGGUUUGA